AUGGACGUCUCCAUCCACCACCCCUUCUUCCGCAGACGGCUCUUGCCCGGCCUCUCGCCCAGCCGCCUCUUCGGCCAACAUUUUGGGGAUCCCGUCAUGGAAUCCGAACUCUUCGCAGGCAGCUGGCCCCUGGACUCCUUCCUGGCGAGGCCCUUCGCCUUCAGGAACGCGGGAUGGAUGGACAGCGGACUUCCCGAGAUGCGUUUGGACAACUAUCAGUUUUCCGUCAACCUGGACGUGAAGCAGUUUUCUCCCGAGGAGCUGAAGGUCAAGGUCUGGGGAGACAUGAUUGAAGUCCAGGGGAAGCAUGAGGAGCGCCAGGACAGGCAGGGCUCCGUCGCCCGCGAGUUCAGCAGGAAGUACAGAAUCCCAGCCGACGUGGACCCCCUCACCAUCACCUCCUCCCUCUCUUCGGAUGGCAUCCUGACGGUGAACGGACCAAGGAAACUCAAGGAACUUCCGCAGCGCAGCAUCCCCGUCAUGCGGGAAGAAAGAUCGGCACUCCUGCCAGGACCAAGGAAAUAGAGGCCCCUGGAAGGCCCGCCCUUUCCACCCCGAAGAAAGCCUUUCCCUGGGACAGAAACGGCAAAUUGGUUCUUCUUCUUUAUUUAUCUGUGC